AUGAGUCGAGAACAGAUUAUUCAAAGCCACGAUCCUCGCACGGAUGCGCUUAACUUUGUGACCAACCGUGGCCGAUAUACUCUCAGGGUGGAAGAGUUCAUCGAGGCCGGCAGACCAGAUGGUAGCGAGUCGCAUGGCUCCCCAGUGACGCGCUAUAUCACGUCCAAUGGACAAGUAGUAGACGCGCCUGCCAUCAAGGGCAUCUCGGGCCACGUUAUCGGCACCGGACAGUCGUUUACUAUUCGCGACGACUACGACUUUGUCAACACCUCUGUUACCGGGAAGGGGUACCAUGUGAAUGCACAGCUAGGCAAGAUGACGGUGGCCUUUACUUCGGGCCAGAAUAGCCUCCAGGCAUAUUAUGAUCGGACGAAUAUGGCUGGAGAGAGGUUGUAUUACGAUGGGAUGCAGGCUGCUGCCUCCUGGUAUACGCAAGGUCGUUCGCGCUGA